AUGCCUAGCGUGAGUCCCCGGAUUGGCGCCUUGCCUUAUGCGAAAUCUCCUGCAGCAAACCGCGACGACCGGUCCUGGCGCGGUGCACGCUGGGGUCCCCCCUUAAGCUCACAGGAUUCAGCGGCAGUGACAGCGAUGGCAGCAGUGGCGGGUUGGGCAAUUGGCAGGUCGAACUUGCCGUCGGCUGAGCAAGCCCCGUCGUCGCUUCCCCGAUGCGCGGGGACCAGCAUCGACUUGCAGGAAUCGGAAACGGGCGCUGUGCUGCUGGGGCGAGGAGGGACCGACCUAGUCCUGAUCCAACCAGCAUCAACGCAACUCGGACCCAAGGCGCAAACACUUGCCCACGCCACCGCGCAGGCGCAGGCGCUUUUGCAGGGUGGUAAUAACGUCACCCCGCGCGGCAAACCCCCUUCCCCACGGCAAACCCCGCGACGCCAGCAGCUUUCCAACCCCAAAGUCCUCUUGGCAACCGACUGCGCUGCUUCGACGGCCACGACCACACCACGGGCGCCCCUGACGAUGCCUACUGGCCGUCCAGUGAAGCGUCCCGCCGACGCCUUUGCUGGCGAUGUCACAAACGUUGUCCUACGGUCGGGCAUCGUCCCAUCCAAUGCUGCUGAUCCCAUCGUCCCAUCCACAACGCAUGACGCCACCGACCAAGCCGCAACCUCGCAGGGCAAGGUCAAGCUUCCUCGGGUCGAGAACCGACAGACGCAAGAAGACUUCUCCGCCCAGGUCAAGAACCGCUUAAACUCGUUCACCAGGACCGGCCAGGCUUGCGAUCGCUGCAAGGUCCGCAAGAUCAAAUGCGACGCCCUCCCCGAAGGAUGCUCCCACUGCCUCCAGCAAAGCAUCGACUGCUACGUCACCGACCGGGUGUCGGGGCGCACCGAGCGCCGGGGCUAUUUGCAGGAUCUGGAGCGUGAGAAGAAAGACAUGGCAGCUCACAUCAAAAACCUCGAGUCUUUGUUGGCCGACAAUGGCAUCCAAGUUCAACCUUGGACUUGGUCCAAAUACCCAACCAUGAACGGCCCGCCUGGCGUGACGCUCAAUCACAUGGGCCAGGCUGUCGAGACGGACGAGGUCAGGGGGCAAUGGACUCAGAUAAGGUCUGUAUGGGUCAAGAACUACAAGGCCGAACCGGCCGUCGUCACCACGAGGCCGAAGAAUUCGGCACGCUCAGCUCUCGAGUCUCGGCCGGCCGACAUCCACAUCGGUGUCGGCCCUGACAUUGCACCCAUGAAUGCCAUCAAGGGGACCAAACUCACUAUACUGGGAACAACAAUUGACUUGACGUCGUUCAGCGCACCCGAUAUGGACGAACCAGGUCCCGACGUAAGAGUCGCGCAACCCCUUUACAACAAGUCCAUCCAGGCCUACCUGCAGUCAGCGAUGAACAUCAAUCCCCCGCCGCAUGUGAAGUUGCCUUCACGCGCGGAAGCUUUCGAACUCUCUCAGUGGUACUUUGUUUUUGUCUUUCCGUUCCUCCCUGUCUUACACAAACCGACGUAUCUGGAAAUGCUCGCCAAAAUAUACGACGACCCGAGUUUCCAGCCGACGGUGGCAGAACUGGUCAUGGUACACAUGGUCGUCGCUUCAAUUUACUAUCAGCAAUCUCUUCGCGCACCUCCAGGAGCCGUGGACUACAAUGAGCUGUCCAAUCGCCACUACCACUUCGCGCUGGGAAAGUUUUUCGACCUGGCGUCGUCACAGACCAUAUCUGCCGUCCAAGCCAUGGCCAUGAUUGCUGCUCAUGGCCGCAGCUUCCCCAAACCAGGAUGCGGUUUUGUUGUAGCCCACUAUGCGUUUCUGCGGGCUGUUGACAUGAACCUUCACCGGGCUGUCAAGCAGGACGGAGAGACGACAAACCUAGACCUGGAGAUUCGCAAGCGGACAUGGUGGACGAUUCUUGCUGUGUGUGUCACCCUAGCCGGACGCCUAGGGCGACCCAUGCCAAUCACCGUCGACGAGUACGACAUUGAGUUUCCUGAGCCUGUAGCGGAUGAGCUGCUCACCCCGGAUGGACUGCUUGCUAGCUCUAGCACAUCGCAGUGCGAAUUUCACCCCGGACUCGCCGGGUUCCGCAUCAUUCCUCUGCUGAUCGAGAUGUACACCAAUGUUUACAGCGUCAAGCGCGAUCCUACCAUCUAUGUCGAUGUUGUCGACAGCCUCGAGGAGAAGCUUCGUAUGUGGAAAGAAGACCACCCACCCUCGCUGCGACCAGACCUUCCCACAAAUGAUCCCCAAGAUGGCCAGCAGCACAUGUAUCAGCUCUAUGUUGAGAUGAUGGAGCUCGAGCUCCGCCUUGCGCUUCGCAGCCCCUCGGUGGCUAUGACGACUGACCGCAAGAUUUUGGCCGAGAAUUCGCACAUAUGCGAGGAGACAGCUUCCCGCAUGCUAGAGCAUGCCAAGGCCCUUCACAAACUCAAGUGUCUCGAUGUGACGUGGUACCAGAUUGCCAUUUUCGCAGCAGCCAUGUUCACAACGCUCGUGGCGCACUGGGAAAGGCGCUUUGACCCGAACGAGCAGAGCUCGACACUGCGGCGCGACAUGACAGAUUGUGCAAAGGUCGACUCGACUUUGCGCUGGAUUGAGCACGACCGGCAGCAGCAGCGACAGCAACAGCAGCAGCAGCAGCAGCAUCGACAAAGACAACAGCAGGAGGAGGCGACUGCGCAUCUCCAAUCUCAACUGGCUGCAAUGCCAGAAAUCAAACAGGAAAUUGUAGAGGGUUCUUUCCCGGCGUCAUCCGGCCCUCAGUCAGUGCUGCCCACACAGACUGUGCCGUCCAUGGCGAAGGCCUACUACGAUGACCCGAACCACAACGGCGGCACAGCAUAUUCCCAGCUUGCGUAUACGGAACCGACAACCCAAGCAGGAAUGUUGUCGUCGUACGACAGCAGCUACCUGUAUCCCGCCUCUACACAAGAAAGUGCUACUCCCAUCCUGAACAGUGGCAUAUCCACGGCGAAUCACGAUCCUCUGGUGGCUUUCGCAUCGCAGGCGACGCAACAAGUGAUCCAGCCUGAGUCCCCGGCCGUGGACCAGUACCUUUGGCGUCACGUAACAGCGCCCACUGCGCAAGGCACCAACUGGGGCGACUGGGCAGCAGCCAUGUCUGCCAGCCAGGAGCGAUACGGCGCGAACGCGCUCCUCAACAUGGGAACCGUACCCCGCGAGACGCAUGUGCCAGCCGACAUGGUCAGCAUGAACGCUGCGUCAGCAGGACAGUGGCCGACGCUUCUAUGGAACGACAACCAGUCAGAGCAUUGA